AUGUUCUGUCAACCAACACAAUUACCUUAUGGCAUGAAGCUAUCAACAUGUCUACUGUUAUCAACUCUGAUGCCAAUUUCAAUCCCUGCCUCCAUUGCCUCUACUAUGCAACACUCUGCCAGCUCCCCUUUCAGCAGUGUGAAUGACUUCUCAGGCAAUGUCAAGCAGACUGUGAGUGUUUGGUGCUCUGUGCUGAACAAUGCUUCCUGCAGCAGCACAUUGGACAGCAACAUGCCCAAACUCUCCAAGAAUGAGAAGAAGGAAGAUGGUGCAAACCAUGAGGAUGACAAGAAGAAAACAAAGGUGAUGAAAGGCAAGGAGAAGGGCAAGAUUUGCCUGGAGGUUGUGGAGCAGGAGAGACAGGGUGAAGGCAGCAGUGAGCCCAACAGCAUGGGAGUUGUCCUCACUCCUGGUGAGUUGGUGCUGUUCAAGAAGAUCCUGGAUUUGGCGGCAAAGAGGUAUGGGAUGGAUGCAGGUCUGACAAAGACAACCUUCAAGGUGUUGAAGGAUGGUGGAGUGGUCUCUAUCAAAGGGAACAAUACUCUUGCUAUCACUGAAGGGGAGGGAGAGGAGAUCUCCCAUUUGGGUAAAGAUCUCGCUGCCAAACCUGCAAAGAAGACAGAUUUGGCCACCAUGACUGAAAAAGAAUUCCAAGCAGAAGAAGCACGCCACAGGAACAUGGGCAUCUGGUUCGGAUCCAAUGAGGAGGCUAGCAGGCUCACCAAGCACCAUUUCAAGACCAAAGAGGGUAAGAAGAUCAUCCUUUGCCAUGAGCAUGAGAAGAGGAUGCUCCAAGCCUGGAGGGAAGGCCACAACCUUGGUAUGCUCAAAUCAAGGGAGGCAGAUGCCCAACGCAGGAGCAAAGUGGUUGUCAUGCUCAAGGUCUGCAUGGACAACUUGUGCAUGUGCUUUGCCUAUCGCAAUGAUGAGGUGAAGAAGUGGAUACAUCAGAAGAGUCAAAGGUCUGUCAAGCUGAGCAGGGCGUCCUGGAAGGCAGUCAAGUCCUGGGUCAAGGGGCAUGUGAAGGAUAUUGCCUGUGUCAUUGGCAUCAUGGGUUUAUCAGCAAUCCUCAAGCUGUUGGGCUACAGAGAACCAGAGCACAUGGUGCAUGACCUGCUGGGGUUGGGAGAAGCUGAGCAGGUGACCAGAGAGAUUUGGGAUGAUGUCAAGGGGGGUGGGGAGCCCCCCCUUGUCUAA